AUGUAUGACAGCUCCUCCACACAAAGUGUCACCUCUUCCCAGUCAGACUCGGCUGCCUCUUCAAGUACCCUGCAUGCACCAGUAUUCGAAAUACACUCCCCCUCUUCUCUGGUUGGGCCUUCAAUGGCACUCCAAGCUGGGCAAGACGGUGUGGACGACUAUGCGAUGACUAUGAUGUUGCAAGAACCUCGGCUGGAGACUCCAUACUUUGCUGGGCAGCCACUCGGAGAAAGGAGGAUGGAGCAUCUGGCAAGACUCGAUAUCGUUCUCGGCGACCUGCAACAUGCAUUCGCAGGUCAGUGGCAUGACAGGCUUCCACAGGAAGAACUGUGA